AUUAACAACGCUCUACCCACCAUCUCCACCCAACUCUAGCUUGCUGCUCAGCAUCAUUUCGAACCCAAAAUCGAUGGCCUUCACAUUAUUCACUAGGCUGCCUCUCGAGCUCCGGCAGUGCAUCUGGCAAUUCUCCAUGCCGGCCGACGAGCCCGAAGUAUGCACGCCGGGACCUCAAAACCUACGAGUGCGCAAAGACGACGCCCCUGGGGAGCCCAUGGUUGUCGACACGGCCUUCCCAGUGCUGAUGCACAUGUGCCGCGAGUGGCGCGACUACAUCCUGCACCACAGCAAGGCGCGCUUCCGCUUUUCCGCCGCCGCGGGCUGCAGCGUGCCCUUCCGCCCAUUCCAGCCCGAGCUGGACACCAUGUAUUGGACCGCGGAGGUGCAGCAGGCCAUCUUCGCGCCUAUGUAUGGCAAUGUCUUCGACGACUGGCUGCCGCAGGUGCAGAAUCUGGCUCUCCCGGCGUCGACAGUCUUCAGUGGGCUGAACAUAACCGACUGCAUCAUAUCAUUUGCCCAGAAGCUCCAGAGCGUCUCAGUGGUGUUUGCCGACUCGUCCGACGACAACUGGGUGCAGACGAAGUUCCAAGAACCGACGCGGCGGUGCAAGCUCCGACCUAUCGAGGGCGAUCGUGCUCGCAACAUGACGGUUGUGCUCGACACCUGGGGUGGUGGUGACCCAGAGGACCGAGUGCCGUUGGAGGAGUUAUUUUCCGUGUAUCGCGAGGAACUUGACAGGAGCGGCACUAGUAGCAUAGAAUGGGCACAGAACUACGCCGGCCAAGCGUGGAGCAUCGAGCUAGGAUCCUUUGCGCCCUUGCGCUGCUUUUCCAGUACAUUUCUCGAGUGGCGCGAAGGGGAAUGGGUCGAGUUAUGUGGUCAGACAAGGUUGCCGCGGGAAAAUAAACCACCUUGGCUUCCAUUGCCGGCCCCGUCGGAGUUGCCCUAACAGCAGGCAGACAGACACUUGGGAAGGAUUCGAAGUCGGCCUGCUAGCAGGCAGGGAUGCGCAGGUGGGUAGAUGGAAUGGACAGCAAUGACUCUGUACCGAUGGGGAUUGCAACGGAGGGAGGAAGUGAAUAUGGAG